UUAUUACCACGUUUGAUUCCUCGGCCGUACAGUGUCACAUGCAUAAAAGAACUUUGGAAUAAACAACUUCGUUUCGUUUUUUCGUUGAUGCGUUUUGAAGCAAUUGAUGGGCGACGUUAUCAUCACUAUGGCCUAUGUUCGGGAUGGCUUGCUUCAUUAACGCCUGGGCAACAAAUAACGGUCAGAAAUUUCACUGUAUUAUUUGAUCCUGAUACCAUGGGCAUCUGA